AUGACGCUCUACCUCCACGACAUCCUCUAUAAUGGUGCCAACAACAGCGCGAACGCGACUUCGGCAGCCGCGACCAAGCCGACGGCGCUGAGCACUACGCACUGGAAGAACGGCACCUUCUUCGGCACGCUCGUGGUGUUCGAUGACCCCGUGACUGUCGGGAAGGCACUGCCCGUGGCGGAGGCGGGGGAAGAGCCGGCGAUACGCGCUCAGGGGUUUUACUUCUAUGACAAGAAGGAGUCGUACAAUGCGUGGUUCGGCUUCUCCAUCGUCUUCAACUCGACGGCCGCCACGGGCACCAUCAACCUCAUGGGCGCGGACCUCAUGUACGAGGUCACGAGGGACAUCUCUGUGGUUGGCGGCACGGGCGACUUCUUCAUGACGCGCGGCAUCGCCACCCUCCGCCUUGACGCCUACGAGGGAACAGUGUACUUCCGGCUGCAGAUGGACAUCAAGCUCUACGAGUGCUACAUCUGA